AUGAGUUUUCACGAUGAAGAAGGUGGCAGUGACAAGAAAACGAUAGAAAAUGGAAGAAAUGUUGAGGAAAAGGAUGAAUUGAUUGAGAAUCCGAUAGUGGUGAAGACAAGAAAGAAGAAACGCACCCUGCCAUCAUGGUUGGAUCGUCCCUAUCACAUUUGGAGAGAUCAGUUUCAACAGGACAAGUGUUGUCCCAAAAAGAGGGUUAAACAAGAGCUCAUUCGAUCCUCAAUCUACGUCCUGUUCUUGAAUGUGUUUUUGUGUAGCUAUAUACUUUUUGGAAGUAAUAUUUUCACAUUACGACACACAUCAACAGAGAAAGAGGCAUCGUUUUUGGAUAGUGUUUUGUUUUGUAUCACCACGAUUUCCACAAUAGGAUACGGUAAUAUUGUACCUUUUGAUGAUCAAGGAAAAAUAUUAUGCAUAUUGUACUGUCUCAUUGGAAUCCCACUAUUUUUUAUGACCGUCGCCACAAACAGCAUGUUGGUUUUGGAGAUUUGUAAUAUUAUUCAUCGGAGUUUCAGUUUGAAAGAGGCUAUUAAUAAAACGGACCUCCGAUGGUACACCUCUGCAAUCCUUUUAGCCACUCACUGCUUCAUUGGAAGUCUCAUUUUCUCAUUUUGGAUCGAUGAACUCCCCUUCCUAGACGCCUUCUACUUUAGUUUCAUCUCCAUCACAACAAUCGGCUACGGAGAUUAUUCCCCAACUCCAGAAGGCCCUUUUCAAUAUGCCGUUGUUAUGAUCUACCUCUGCACUGGAGUCGCCACAAUGCUGAUUUUCUUCUCCUCUCUACAACGAGGAAUCAUGUGGAUUCAUUACUACGGUCGGAAGGUUUCAGACUCAGAAGAGGCUGAAAUUUGGUAUGGAGGACAAAUGAUGACAGUUAAAGAUUUGGUAUCACUGGUGGCUCAGAAAUUCGGGAGUACGCCUGAGAAACUUCGAGAAGUGAUGCAUGAUCUGGAUAAGAUUCUGGAGGUGGCUUGUCAGGAAGCAGAGAAUAACGAAGAGGAUGAUGAGGAGGCGGAGUGUAGACGAUUAUUCAUGAAUGCAGAGAGUCCAGUAUCUCCUCCGAUGCCACGCAAAAAGACUGUGUUCCUAUCAGGAAGUUCCGAAGGAGAUGAUUAUCAAGCAACGAUUCAUUCGUUUACUAGUAUCAAUCAAAGAAGUAUUCCCAAGGAGACUGAAAAUGCGAUCCGUGCUCUUGGUGAUCUUCAACACCACCUUCGGAAGCCAUCGGUUCGAGCGAGAUCCCCUCAUCAUUCGAGAAUGAUUGCAAAACCUGCGUCAGACACAAACAUCGAAGCGAAAGAGCACAUCACAUCGCUGGAUCUUCGAAAAAUGGCUCAUCGUGUUCAUAGUGAUGGACGUCUCCUAGUACAGAAUACUGUGUAG